CUGCGCGCAAAGCUAAAAAGCUUCCGCACGUGAUCGCCAACCGGUUGCGAGAGGCCGACAGAAGAAGAAGCUUCGCUCUACGCACAGCAGUCGAUCAGUUGCUCCAUGCGAUUUUAGUCGCAAUGAGAGUGAGACGGAAUCCGCUGCCCCGGCGGCUGGUGGAUAUAUUGUGCUACCUGGUGAUUGGAGUAUUUCUGCCCAUUGUUUUCAUAUUUGAGAUCAUCGUAGUGCUGCCCGCAAUACACGAGCCCGGCGGAUUUUUGCACACAUUCACAUUCCUCAUGGCCAUGUUUCUGCUCUUCAAUAUAAAGGGCAACAUGCUGGCUUGCAUGAUGAUCGACACGAGCGUUGAUCAGCGGGUCAAAGCGCCACCAGAAGGCGACGCAGCUCGUUUAGACUGGCGGCAUUGCACGACCUGCGAUCGUUUAGCACCUCCCAGAUCGUGGCACUGCAAGGUGUGCGGCGUGUGCAUACUGAAGCGCGAUCACCACUGUCUCUUUACGGGCUGCUGCAUCGGGCACGAGAAUCAUCGCUACUUUAUGCUCUUCACCAUGUAUUUGUUUAUCGGUUCGGUCUAUGCUCUCUCCUACAACUCGGUGUUCAUGUGGAUACUCAAUGCAGAUGUCUACUGCAACUGGCUAACGGCCCUCAAGGUGGCCUGCCCCAUAUUCAUGCUGGUCAUUGGCAGCUUCUGGACCAACCUGCAGCUACUCUUCUAUAGCCUGAACAUCUUGGCGCUGCUCUAUUCGGUUGUGAUCCUCGUCUACCAUGUGCCCAUCGUGCUGCGCGGCGAGGUGUGUGCGGAGAGUGGCAAGCAGCACAAAUACAAUAAUGGACUCUACGCGAAUCUGCGAAGUGUCUUUGGCCAGCGCAUGCACAUUGCCUGGCUAUCGCCAUUGAUAAGGAGCGAGUUGCCCGGCGAUGGCUAUACUUGGAGCACAAGUUCUGGGGAAAGCAAAAAGAGAAAUUAACUCAGCUUAGAGGUUUUACAGUUAUUGAGUGGCAGUCAACUUAUAUGUUAUGGUAUUAUCUAUGAGUCGAGUUUAGCUAUAUGUAGGUACUCUUCAAAUGGAGAUUGCUCGUAGCAGAAUCACGAAAAAUGAACAAAACCCAAUAUAUCAUCAUCAAUAUGUCAUCAAGAGCAAACGAAUGCUAAUGUGUCUUAACUAUUAAGUUUAGUAAUUAAUCAUAGUUAAAAUAAAUCUAUUGUGUAUGUUGUUAUUGUUAUAAUUAUUUUAUUACAUUUUCUUUGAUUAAUUUACGUAGAAAUAUAUAGUCUAUUUGUGUUAGGGUACAAUCAUUGUUCUUAAUAUUUUUUUUUAAAAGUUCAAUGAGUAAAAUUAUUGCCCUAUAA